AUGCAUGAAUGGCUCUGCGCAGAUUUUUCAGACCUAUUCAAUCAUAACGCGAGGGUCAGUAAGAAUUUUUCAAAGGAAGUCACGACUGCUGCAUACUUCUACUCCAUAUCACAGGGGAAGCUCCAGUGUGAAGGCACUGCAGCAGCUCUCACAGCUGCACCAUAUGUUACACCUGAAGAAAACACGUGGCUAGCGAACACUGAGCGUGUGCGCGUGCACAAGCAAGAUUUUCGUGAGACGACCAUCGCAUUUCCAUCCCUUCGUCGUGCUUCAGACCAAGAAAUUCGGUCUUUGCGACCACAUGCGCCGGACCAAUAG